GUGGCAAAGUAGUUGCUGCGAUUCAGAAUUUCAACCAAUGUCUGGUCUGUUCUUGUCUCAGUGAACUACAGAGAAAUGGCCACAGGGAGGUUCACAGGGUGGUGGUAUUCCCCAAAGACUUACACCUUCUUACGACAGAUGUCUUCAGACGAAGAGGAACCAACCAGUCCUGUCCUACCCAAAGACUCAGACCGAGGCAGCUCUGUGUCCUCUGAACUUCAGGAUGAGUAUGAGGAGCUCCUCCGCUACGCUGUUGUCACCCCGAAACUUGACACACUCACCAACGUUCAGCAGAAGCAGCUGAGCACCUCACAUCUGUCUGCCGGGGGUCGGACUUCCCAGAGUAAAGACGACACAAAGUCACAGCACCAAGAUGAAGAUAAAGAUGGGAGGCAUUCUAGCAGGAGCUUCAGAUCAUCACAGGUCUCCCCGUUGAUUGUUGAGCCCUCUACAAGUUCAAAAGCCUUUUAUGCUGACAAGAGGGGAGGCCAGUCGUCUAGCAGGGCGUCACUGUUCUCAGACAGGUUACAGGUGACGUCUGGAAGGUCUAGGCCAAACAGCCCGGACCCCCUCGAGUUUGCUGUGACAGAGAUGUUUAUUUCAGAGGAGAACUUAAACAGGAUGGAGAAUAUUCUGAACACAUGGAGCAAUAAUUUGAAGUCAAAUGUGCUGACUGAACUACGAAAGUGGAAGUUGGCGUUCAUGGAGCAACACAAGAUGGAGAUAAUGAAGGAGAGAGAGAGGCAUGCAGCCCAGACAGCUGGCCUGAAGUCAGAGCUAAAUGGCCUGAAGGAGCUGCUGCAAACCUAUGAGACUUCCAACAAGAGAAAGGAUGAGGUGAUCGGGAACCUGAGUCAGGUGUUGGACAGACAGAAAGAAAAGCUUGAAAAGAUGAGGGCGUUCACCCACUGGAGACUUCAGCACACUGAGACCAAAGAAGAGGCUCAUGCUUUUCAGGUGGCGCGGCAGCACUACAAUCUGCAGCUGAAGAAGAAGGUGUGGCUCGGCUGGCACUCUCUGGUCCAGAAACACUGGAAGGUCAAAGUGGAGCGAGCUUGCCGUUCGAGGGCCGAAGAGGUCUGCAGCCAAAUGUCUUCAGAGUAUGAGGCCAAGCUUGCUGAGCACUGCGAAGCUAUCGAGAAGGCCCAGGCAGAGAUCCGGAGACUACGAUUAGAACGAGAGCAGUAUGAGGAAUCUAUGAAGAAAGCCUUCAUGAGGGGUGUAUGUGCUCUCAACAUGGAGGCACUCAGCAUGUUCCACUCUACAGACGGACGGUCAGAGCAACCUCCAGUUCAUGAUCCUCUACCUUCUCAGGAUGAAGCUGGCUCUGCUACACUAGCUCAACUUCAUCCCUAUCCCACCUCGUCAGCACGUUUCAGUCCACUCCACUUAGACCACCCAGACCGUCCACACAGUGAAGCAGAUGACAUGGUGGGCUCUGGUCCGGCUAUGUCACAGGAAGAAGUACUCCCUCCCACUACAGUGGUGCACAGCUCACUCCCUCUUGGGGGCAUUUCAAGUUCCCACAAACAGGUCAGCAGUCGUAGCGUCACAGCAAGUCAACAAAAACCAUCAAAGACUGUAAUGGCUCGCAUCACUGCACGCGCUGAUGUUGGAAAGGCGGCACGCAGCAACCUCCAGGUGAUGGGAGUGGCUCCGCCCAUGAGCUCUGUGAUAGUUGAACGCCAUCAUCCCGUCACACAGCUGACCAUUGGACAGGCCACAGCUGCCAAAUUUCCUCGCUCCACCCAGCAAAGUCACACAUCCAGUGGAGGGAAAGGCUCAUCGAGAACACAAACCAGCACAUGCCAUGUACACUCCAUCAAAGUAGUCGACUGAUUACACACACGUUUCACACAAAAUGUACCUCACCUAGUCUAGAUAUAAGAUUUAACAUAUUCUAUGCAACAAUCCCAUGAAUUUCUACUUUGAAAUUAGUUUGAAGUCCAUUUAUUUUUUGAUCUUGCCAUGAUUUUGACCUCCACUCUUCAGUUUCCUUUCAUGACUGUGAAAUGUACAAUUUCCUGAGCAGUAGUUUUCUCAGGAGAGUUCUGCAUAGCCAGGUGUUGAGAACUGCAUAUGUAAAUGUUUUUAAUUGUUACAGACAGACCAGAGUUUAGAAUUGCAAAAUGGACAUUUAUUUCCGAUAAAAAAUUUCCUUUUAAAUUAUGCACAGUGACAGUGAGCUGUAAUGUUUAAAAUCACACUUCCUUGUGUAUUGAUCCAUGUUGUGGCGACUAUCCAACACCAAGGUUGUUUACUUUACUAAGCCAAAGCUGUAUCCCAAUAAUCUGAUGUUAUUUGUACAGAUCAGUAUUUGAUAGAGAUGAAAACAUUCAUUUUGUGAGUCUAUAUGUUGCAGUACUCAUCCUCAUGAAACACUACAGCUCUUACUGCUGGCACUCUCUGCCUCCAUCCGAAUCUUAUCUGGAAGACAAAUUCAUAUUUUAUUUAGCUAAACCUUAGCAUACAUGCCCACAUAGCACAGCAAUAUAUAUAUUUUUUAAAAAUAAUAAUAAUAACUGAGUGUACCUGCAGCUUUCUGGUUCCCCGUGAGGAUGAGGCCCUGGUAGAGUUCUUUAGCAGGACUCCUCUGAGCCAGCUCCUCCCCAUGGAGCCAGAUCAGCAGCAUCCUGUUCCCAUGCUCCUGAUAACUGUGCUGACCUGUGGACAAACACAGGACUGUGCAAUCAGGAAAGCAAUUCAGCUGGUAAAAAUAGCCUAAUCAUUGCUUUUGUGCAUUUUAAAAAACAAAAAAAUAUAAAGUGUGAAAUAAAGUUAUCCUUGCGCACUAUUUUGAAAGCCUUGGCUCGGCAAUUUAAAUUCAUAUUGGAGUUAAAAUGUUCUGUUUUACUUUUACAAAGAGUUGCCAAAUGCACAGUGAAAAGCCUGCCCUGUCAGUGUGCGAGUUGUGGCACCUGUCCAUUGCUCCUCGAUGGCACACACUUGCUCCUUAGUGAAGCCCCAGUGUUGUGCCAGUCUCUUCCAGUCUCCUGCUUUCAGGAGCUCGUACGCCAGGCGCCAGGCCAUCGAACGGAGCUGCUUGGUCUCAUAGCGGUGGUCGAGUUUAAACGUUAGCGCAUACUCGCUGUGAACAUUCUCAUCAAACUCAGGGUUGGCCUGAAAGGGCAAUUAAAUCAUGUCAGCAGACUGAUAAAGGCCACGAGCACCAGAGGGGCAUAAGGAGAGAUUAUUGGCAAGACACUAACACACAUGAUUAGCGAUAUGAAUGCCAGAGUUAAACAUUCUGGAAAUCAAUAAUGGAAGGGAAUCGGGCACGUCUUUAAUUAAAUUGAUGGUAAAUUGGCUGUCAAAUGUUUCUUGGUCGCGAGUCAUUUUUUACAGUGGCUGUUUGUGUAAUAGUAUUAGAGGGAAUUCAGCUAAUGGAGAAUGUGAUGUUGGGAAAUGAAUCAUUUGUGAUGAAUGUAGUUAUUGAUUUCUCAGCCUCGAGAAUGGAUUACAGCACACAAGAAAACUAUAAAAGCUACAAGUAUCAUCUGACACUCA